CCCCAAACCUUCACCCCCUGAGGGCAUGAAGUCCAACUCCUCCAAGCGGCAUAGAGAUAGACUCAACCAGGAGCUGAACAAGCUGACUGGCUUGCUGCCCUUCCCCGAAGGUGUGCGCACCAGCCUCGAUAAACUCUCCGUUCUCCGGCUGGCUGUUGGAUACCUGAAGGCGAAGAGCUACUUGAUGGACAUAGCUCCGAAUGUUGGUGAUUACGUGCUGGAUCAUCCCAGAGCCCCAGGAGGGAAUGGAUGGGUGGACCCACAGGUCAACAGGGAGCUGUUUCCUGAGGGGGAAUUGCUGCUCCAGGCACUUAAUGGGUUUGUCAUCGCUGUGACUGGAGAUGGCCACAUCUUCUAUGUCUCCCAUACUGUGCAGGACUACCUGGGCUUUCAUCAGUCGGAUCUCAUCUACCAGAGCGUGUAUGAGCUGAUCCACGCAGAUGACAGAGCUGCCUUCUGGUGCCAGCUGCACAGGGACCCAGCGUCCAGCAGCACCCAGCGCGCUGCUGGUGUCCUUCCCACCGACCAGCCACUGCCGGCUGGAUGCAGCGCCAGGUCCAGCCCCGGGAAACCCUCCUUCACAGAGAGGAGCUUCACCUGCCGCUUCCGCUGCCUGCUGGACAACUCCUCGGGAUUUCUGGCCUUGAAUUUCCACGGGCACUUGAAAUUCCUUCUUGGGCAACAGAAGAGGACAUCGGACAGGUCCCCUCUUGCUUUCUUCGCCAUUGCAACUCCCCUCCAGCCACUCUUCAUCCUGGAUCUUCAGACCAAGAUGCUGAUCUUCCAGACAAAGCACAAGCUGGACUUCACUCUCACAGCCUGUGAUUCCUGGGGGAAGGUUGUGCUGGGGUACACAGAAACGGAUCUGUUCAGGACGGGGUCUGGGUACCAGUUUGUGCACGUGGCUGACGUGAUGCACUGUGCUGAGAACCACGUGAGAAUGAUGGAGACAGGGGAGACCGGGCUGACGGUUUUCCGGAUGCUGACCAAGAACUAUGGCUGGCUGUGGGUGCAGUCCAACGCCCAUCUGGUGUACAAAGGGGGCAAACCCGACUGCAUCAUUGCCCGGCUGCGAGCCCUGUCGAAUGAAGAAGGAGAGGAACACCUGCGGAAGAGGAGCCUGCAGCUGCCUUUUAGCUUUGUCACAGGGGAAGCAAUCUUGUACGGGAAUGACCUCCCUGAGUUCCUGGACUCCUUCCAGGCUAAGGAGGAGUUGGAAUCACAAGCAAAUUCCUGCUCAAAGCAGCAUUUGGUAGACCCUAACUCUCUUCUUGGGGCCAUGAUGAAACAGAACGCAUCGAUAUACACCUCCCACGCUGAUAACGUGCCUCAGUUCUUGCCAGAUCUCAUUGCUGAGCUUGAUGAACUGAACCAGAAUGAGGAAGUCGGCGAUGCCAAGAGGGACAGCGACUCUCUCCUGGUCAUAAUCGAAACCCUCUUUGAGAAGAGCGAGGUGGAUGGAAACAUCUGCCAGACCCUCCAGAACUUCAGUGUGGACAAUGCGGAGCUGCAGCGGUGGGAGGAGGCUCUGCUCAACUUGGGUGCAGAGGAGCUGCCAGCUCAGGAGGUUGGCAGGAGGCUGGGCACCGAGGUGACCUCCUGUGUGGAGCAGAUGCUCCUCAGGGAGGAUGCUGGGGAGAGCACGGACUUCCUGUGCUGCAGUACAUCACCCUGCAAUGAAGAAAACAGUGCUGCGGCUCAUUUCCAGCACUGCUGGGCAACUAAAUCAGCGUUACAAGCCCCACCAGAGCCUUGGGAACCUGGUGCACAAGGCCAAGAUGCUGUGGUCUCUCUAGUCUCUGUUACAUCCAAGGUCAGCUCUGCUCAAGCAGGACAGCAAGUCCCAUUUAAACCAGCCAGGCUGGUGGGAGGAACUGUUCUGGAUGUCCCGGGCUCCACCAGCAAGCUGGAAAACCCCAGACAAGUGCUUCAAGCAGAAGUUACUACCUCUGCUCUGGUCGAUAAUGCUCUUCCUGAUGAUCAGGUGGGCUCAAGCUGCCCACCUCCGUUGCACUCAAGCACAGGAGUGACUCAGUGGCCCCAUGUCCUAGUCCAGGCAAACCCAGCCAAUGUUUUGGGUCAGAGCGCUUCUUCUGGAGGUUGCCCAUUGGAGACUUGGAUGGCUGCAGCUCCGAAACAGCUGGAAGCAGCAGGAACACACCUGGAGUCACAAACUCUGCUGGCCAGCAGCCCCGAAAGCUCCCCGGGGGCUGGUCUGUGGUUGCUGUCCUCCCAACUUGCUCCUUGUCCUGCGCAGGGCUUGCAUGAAUCCGUGUUCUCCGGGGCUGGAGAGGAUGAGGAGGCUGCUCUCUGUGCACAAGCAUCAGCACACUUAGGAUUCAGCCAGCUGCCAGGGGAUGGUGACUUCCCCAAACAGCCCCCAAGAGUCUCCCCAGAGCCCAGAUUUUCCUGGGAGGGGGAGCUGGACAAGUGGUUCAUGCAGGCUGGGGUAGCUCCUCAGAGAUGUGGUGGGGCAGGUCCAGCACAACACUCCGGACUCCUGUUGGGGUCCAGUGCAGGUCCCAGCACCCACUGGAUGGACCAUGUCAUGCUGCCUGAAUGCCAGUAUGGAAAUAGCCUUUUUGGACAUGAGAGCAACUUUCUUAGGGACGCCUCUACUAUCCCUUCCCCAGCAUGUGGGUGCUUUGUCUUGCCCCAGCGAGUGCCACCCUGUAGCAUCUCGUUCCUCACCAGGUUCAGUUUUGAGGUGUUCAGCAGCUCUCCCUGCAAAG